AUGAUUUUUAAGAUGAACGUUAUUUAUGUGACAAGGUGUAAAUUUGUAAAUAAAAUUGAAGCUUUAUUAUGUCGAACAUAUUCAUCAAAUUUUACAUUUGUUCCAAAUAGUAAACCUAUAAAAAAUUCAGACUUAUUAAAGUUAAAAGAUUUUAUUGAAAGGCAUAAUAACAUGUGUAUAUUAACAGGAGCAGGAAUUUCUACAGAAAGUGGUAUUCCUGAUUAUAGAUCAGAAGGUGUUGGACUUUAUGCAAGAAGUAAUCGUAAACCAGUCCUUUAUAAGGACUUUUGUAGUAGUGAUGCCAUCAGAAAGAGAUACUGGGCUAGAAAUUAUGUAGGUUGGCCAAGGUUGUAGUUUUUCUUUGUACAAGUUAUUCAUAUAGUUUACAUAAAAAAAUUAGAAGAUGCAAACAAAGUGAAAUGCAUUAUUACCCAAAAUGUGGAUAAUUUGCAUACAAAAGCAGGUAGUAGAAGAGUAAUAGAAUUGCAUGGAACAGCAUUUAAAGUGAUGUGUCUUAAUUGUGAUGAAAGGAUAUGCAGAUAUCAUUUGCAAGAUAUUCUUGAUAAGAUGAAUUCAAGUAUGAUUGCAACUAGUCAAGUGACGAUAAGACCUGAUGGAGAUGUGGAUAUAUCACAAGAACAAGUGGAAGGAUUUAAAGUUCCACCCUGUGAAAAUUGUGGUGGUAUUCUCAAGCCAGACAUUAUUUUUUUUGGGGACAAUGUACCAAGGCAGGUUGUAGAGAGUGUAAAGUAUAAUGUUGAACAUUCAGAUUCUCUACUGAUUGUAGGUAGUACAUUGACCACAUUUUCUGGCUAUCGAAUAGCAGUGCAAGCUAAUCAUGCUGGAAAACCGAUAGCAAUAUUGAAUAUUGGCAAAACCAGAGCAGACGAUUUUGCGAACAUUAAAGUGGAAGGUAUAUGUGGCGAUGUUCUAUCGAGAAUUUAUGCGAUGAUCGACCAGCAUGAGGAAUGUACAAAAUGUUAG